AUGCGGCCGGGGGGCGCGCUGCUCGCCCUGCUCGCCAGCCUCCUCCUGCUGCUGCUGCUGCGCCUGCUCUGGUGCUCGACCGACGCGCCCUCCCGCCCCAGGUUCUUGGUGGAGGAAAGCAGGGAGGCCACCCACGGCACCCCCACCCCGCCGAGGACGCUCAGGAGCCCGGCGACCCGGCCACCGCGCACCAAGAACAGCACGUAUCUGAAUGAGAAGUCCCUCCCGCAGAAAGAGAGGUGCCAAAAUCUGCAAGCCAGCUUGGAGACUUUAUCUAACAAAACGAGAAAGUAUUCAGAGGAUGACUAUCUUCAGAUUAUCACAAAUACCCAGAGUUGUCCCUGGAAACGACAAGCAGAAGAAUAUGAGAAUUUUCGAGCCAAACUCGCUUCGUGUUGUGAUGCCGUUCAAAACUUCAUUGUUUCUCAAAAUAACACACCCGUUGGGACUAACAUGAGUUAUGAGGUGGAAAGCAAAAGCGAAAUCCAAAUCAGAGAGAACAUUUUUGAUAUGCUGCCAGUGUCUCAGCCUUUUGUGGGGUAUCCUUAUAAUCAGUGUGCAGUGGUUGGAAAUGGGGGAAUUCUGAAUCAGUCUCUCUGUGGAGCUGAAAUCGAUAAAUCCGACUUUGUUUUUAGGUGUAACCUCCCCCCAACCACAGGAAAUGUUACCAAUGAUGUGGGUACUAAAACCAACCUGGUGACUCUAAAUCCCAGUAUCAUAAGACUAAGAUAUGGGAACUUAAAGGAAAAGAAAACAGUGUUUCUGAAGGACAUUGCAACCUAUGGAGAUGCAUUCGUCCUUCUGCCAGCAUUUUCCUUCAGGGCCAACACUGCGGCCUCUUUUAAGGUAUACUACACACUGAAGGAGUCUAAAGCAAGACAAAAAGUUUUAUUUUUCCAUCCCAAGUACCUGAAAAACCUUGCCCUCUUCUGGAGGACUAAAGGUGUGACUGAGUAUCGCCUGUCCUCCGGCUUGAUGAUUACAAGCGUGGCAGUGGAACUGUGCGAGAACGUGAAGCUCUAUGGAUUCUGGCCUUUCUCUAAAACCGGAGAGAACACACCUGUCAGCCAUCACUACUACGACAACAAGUUGCCUAAACGCGGUUUCCAUGAGAUGCCCAAAGAGUACAGACAAAUUCUCCAGCUUCACGUGAAAGGAAUCCUCAAAUUACAAUUUAGCAAAUGUGAAAUAGCCUAA